UGUUGGGUAGAAUUGGGUGCUAACAAAUUUAUUACUUUCCCAUGUCCCUCAACUUUAUUCCUUGAUUGCUUAGUAGCUGUCUACUGUGCCACUUUUUGAAAGAAAACAAUGUGGAAUUGAAUCCCAAAUGGGGUUCUCCAAUGGCGGUAGUUGGACAUUUCCCCUUUUGAUUUGGAUGCAGUUUAACACCUUCCUGUUCUUCUGUGUUCCUCUUUUGAAGCUUGAAUUUUAAUGCUUCUUCUUUUUCUUCUGAACCAAGCUUCCAUAUUUUGCCUUUUCUUUUGUUUGUGCUUGGAGCAUUAGCAUUAGCAUUAGCAGAAAAAUAUGAACCACAAGAAACACAAAAAACAUCCUGAUAGCUGACAAAAGUUGAUCCGCGGAUUUCAUGUCUCUGAAUUCUUUGUUGUUUCUUGUCUUCUACCUCUUCUGCUUGAUAUUGUUUUUGGACGCUCUUGGUAGUUUGGUUGGCCGUCGUUUGUUCAAUGAACAAAUCUGUUUCUCCUGAUCUCGAGAUGGAUGAUCCUGGUUUUGAUGAAUUUGAUCCUCGCCUUAGCUUUUCCAAGUUCUUGGAAGAAGCAAAACAUCACGCCACAGUACAAGAUUUCAAAGCCUCAAAGUCAACAGAAGAAGAAGCAGGAAGGAAAUGGUUGGGGCAAGAGAAAAAGAGCAAGAAAUCAUGGAAAACCACCAUCUUCUCGUGGUUGAAAAGUGACAAAAAGAGCAAGCCUCUGCCCAAACCAGAAAUAAAUCAUCCUCACACAUCCAGUAAAAGACUUGUUCAUGUUUCUGGUCCGAUUUACACCGGAGCUAUGACCACCGACGGCAGACCCCGCCGCCGCCCGACGUCUGGACCGAUCGCUAGUCUCUUCAACCCCAGUAUGAGGACGGAGAUGGAGAUCCCUUAUAUGUGUCUCCACCAGCUUACCAGUCCCAAUUCUAGUCAUAAUUAUGGUCCAAUUUAUCUGGUUACAUAGACCUAUAUUGUCUCUUGUUUUUGUUUGUGUGAGAAAUUUGAAAACUUUUUUCUUUUUUGAGUUCAAGCAUGAAACUUUUACUACAAUUGUGUAAUGCCUUAACCAGCAAUGCUCGAGUUAAUCAUAUUAAAUGUAAUGAUUAUUAUUAUGUUGUACCA